UAACGUUACAUAAACAUGACAUACAUAUCAAUGGAGGGAAACCGAUUUCUUAUCUUAACAAUACUGGCUGUAUUUCUUACGACAGAAGUUCAUUGUGAAUGUCCAGAAGGAUGGUUCCCAUACGAAGCAAGCUGUUAUUUGUUUUAUCAACAAGGAAAGGAAUGGACUGCUGCUGAGGACUUUUGUAGAAACCUGAGCUCAUAUCUCACCAAUAUUAACGAUGAAUCUGAAAACCAAUUUCUUAAAAAACAACUGAAUUUACAUGGAAAUACAGCUGAUUUUUGGGUUGGAGCGACUGAUGCCAUCAGUGAGGGUGGGUGGAGGUGGAUGCCAGGGUUUGACCCUAUAGGAUACAAUGACUGGAUGCCUGGGCAGCCUAAUGAUGACCAUGAUCAGGACUGUAUGCAGUGUAGCAACCUCUAA